AUGUCGAUGCCCCAGAUACUUAUGCGGCGGAAGCUAGACCUGAGUCUCAAACCGCCGACCGUGUCGACAAUUGACACCCACCAUCUCGUGGCUUUUGCUCGAGACGAGUUUGUGUUAACGGCUCGCCUCUCCGGCCUCAUUUUUAUUUGCGACACCCUUGACAUGGCUGGAACAGGGGAAGGCGAGAAGAGACGAGAGCCAAGAAAAGACGAGAUGAACCGAGGAGCCUCAUCGGGUUCGGUCCAAAAGCCCCUGACGCUGACUAUAGAGCUAGUCUGUGCGAGCAACCACCGCGCUUUUGAUGGAAUGACGACGGAGCUUGCUGGGCAGUUCAUGGGGCGCGUCUUGGGCCGGUUAUUUUACAGACACAACCCAACGGCCGAUGCCAUGCGGCCCGUUGUGACCUCCUCAACUCCAAUAAAAGCCCAAAACGGUCCGCUGACGAUUUCUCCUGACCCAAUGAUACGGGACGAACCAGAUUACCACAUCUCGCUCGGUGGCUCAUACAACUGCAAUUGCAAUGGGAAUACGACCCCACAACCUUCCGGGGGGCUCAUGUGGGACUUUGACAAGUUUCUUCCCGUAUUACCGUCGCCAAGGGGUCGCUCACGUCACGAUAGCCAUUGUGGCUCCUGUGGGAUUGGGCCAUCGAUCUCCUCUACAUUUCGACCCCUCGCGGUGAAAUUUCACCGUGGACAAAUAUUGGCUUCGCAGUGGCUCCUUCAAGGGUCGGAAAGUGGCGGCCGUAUUUGUAUCGCGCUUCUCCUUCGCAACGCAAGCGCGGAAAUGACGGGCAUCCACGAUUCAGCGCAUCUUGCACGACAAGCGCGGCUGCAAGGCCUGUCCUGGUUUCGAUCCCGUCAUACCGCCGUUCGUGCGGUGCCCCUUGUGUCACCUUCGGCCUGGAAGUCUGGGACACCUGUCGAUCGACGGUCGGUUCAUCUGGAGAUCGAUCUACAAUCUGCUUACCAAAGGGAACGGCAAUACAGCAACGGCGUGAUGGACUACGGAUACGUGGUGGCCAGAAACCAAAAGCAGUCGCGCCAGCCGAGCCACAAUGGCUAUGGGCUCUCUCAGCUGAUUAUUCGAGGAUACCUUCUCACUGAUUUAGCGGGAGGAGGACCCAAAACACACGGUGGCAUUCUUUACCUGUCUGCUCAGCAAAUCCGGUUCAGCUAUUCUCGGCUGACCGUCUUACUCGCUAAAGUCGAACCCCAAGUUUGGGGAGGGAGACGCUUAAAACCCACGGUUUCCCCCCUUAUGCUCCCGUUGACAUCGUACAUGAACCCCCCACAUCAUCUCCGGCUAACUGCAGCAACGGUCAAGACCCUCUUUGGUGACCAGGUUCCUCGGCCACAAAAGCGGAUAGAAGAACCAAAAAAAGAGGUGUCGGCAUCGGCCAUACCUAUCGUGGAGCCGUCGGUACCUGUGUACAGCCUUGGUAGACCUUUAUGUCCAUGGUUGUCGAAUCAGUUCAUUCUUCAAUGGGGUCGCAAGCUGGCAUCGACAGGAAGAGAAAUAACAACAACAACAAUAACAGAAGAUACAGUAGAUAGCACCCAACUGUUCACAGUCGCGAACAUCAUCAACGAUUAUUACUCUGUAUCAAUAAUCGUACGGUCUCCCGCAUCAACAUCCGGCACGCGACAUCCCCGCCGAGCGGAGACCAUCCCUGCGAACCAACGACCCGCGCCGAAAGCCAAGGCCCACGUUCAAAAUCCUCUUGGGUCCUCGAGCAAUUGCCCCGUCCUUCUAGCUCAACUCCAAAACUUCAUCAUCAUCACGAUGUUCGCUGCAUUCCGCUUCGGGAGGGAUCUUUGGGAUCCUUCUCACCGCUUCGAGACCUCAUGGCUGCUUUCUCCCUAUCUGUUGGCCGCGUGUCGAGCGCUAAUUGACCCUUCGUGCAUUGUGGUGUCUGGCAAUGUCGUCACCAUCCUCUCAGCGCGCAAAUGCCCCUUUAACCACCACCAAACAAGUCUGUACAUCUUUGUCGUCCGCUUUUUCGUCAUCGGUUGGACCUGUACUCACGCCGAAGAUGGCGGGUGCAAGGUCGUCGGCCAGAGCUUUUCCUACUUCACUGUUCUGACCUACUGGGGACUCGCAUUUUACUUCCUCAUCUCGGCCAUCCACACCUUCACGUACGCGCACUCUGGGACCCCGCUGCUCGACCGCUUCCCGCGACCCCUCCAGGCCCUGCACGCCUUCUACUACAGCACCAUCGUCACCUACCCCUUCAUCGUGACCAUCGUCUACUGGGCCAUCAUCUACUCGGCCCCUUGGUACACCGAGCAAUUCGAGGCCUUUAGCAACAUCUCCCAGCACGGCCUCAACUCGGCUUUUGCCCUCUUUGAGAUCGUCAUCCCGCGCACCAGCGCCGCCCAGCUCGAGUGGGUGCACAUGCUCUGGCUCAUCAUCGUCCUCGCCCUGUACCUCGCGCUCGCCUACGUCACCUACUACACACAGGGCUUCUACACCUACGACUUCCUCAACAUCGACAAGAACGGCAGCGGCAAGGUGGCGGCGUACAUUAUCGGCAUCGCGGUGGCCGGUAUCGUCUUUUAUCUCAUUGCAAAGGGCCUCAUCUGGUUGAGGGAGUGGAUCACGGAGAAGAAGCUGGGCAUGGACGGCAAGUUUGCCCAGCAGCGCUUCCGCAACUACGACACGGAGCUGGGCACCAUCACCUCCAAGCACUGA